GUCUGCAGUUCCUUCCUACACACUUCCUUUCAAUGGCUUCUCCUGUGCUGUUGCCCAGCAACAGAGUUCCCCAUGGCGACGAUUGGAAACAAACCAGGUGCCCAGGUGACCCAGAUCCAGGAAGUCCCAUCGCAGUCCCGGGGCAGUGGACACAGGCGAGCAACCCCCCAUUAGCCAGGAGGCAUCGGUGACAUCCGGCGAACUCCACUGAUCGGCUCCCAGUGGCGUCGCUGAGGGUUCACCGUUAUGGCUGCCCGCGGUGCAUGGCAAGACCAGAGGGAGACGAUGCCCAGACUGACCGAGGUGGUCACAGAAUCCCCUCACCCACCAGAGCCACAGGCACAGAGCGACAGCUCCUGCACUGCUCCAGUGACAAAUGGGGAGAGAGGAGGGGAGAGAUGGUACCUCCAUGGCCAGCUCUCUCCCCACACACUCCUGCACGGCGCCAAACUGGACAUGUCAGACAGUGGGCAGAACAAUCUCCUGGCCUUGCUUUGCCAGCAAAGGCUGCCUUCCCUGGAGGGAGCGCUGGAGUGGACGAGGCAGGAGGUGCGGAGGGUGAGAGGACGGCUGGUGGAGACGGAGGCCGAGCUCCUUGCCGCUCGUCGCCAGGAGCCGCCGCUCUCUGCCCAGACAGCGCUGGCGUGGAGCGAGGUGCACACCGCGAGGAGCAGACUCCGGGAUCUACAGACAAUGUGUGAAGAAGAAGCCGCACAGAACGCCCAACUCCAGCAGCACGUCCAACAGCUGAGCCAGCGACUGGAGAGACAGGGAGCACAGCAUGCCCAGGACCUGAACUCCAUGAGCGAUGCAGUGGAGAGGACGAGGGUGGGAGUCUGUCAGCUCGAGCAGAACCUGGGCACGGAAUGCGGCCAGGCAGCCUUGGAAAACAUCGGUGGAAGCCUGAGAGUGAUGGCGGAAGCUGAGGAGAGCGUGUUUCAGGAGAACGUCACACAGGCCUACGAUCAAAGUGUGGCAACGCUGGGUGCCCUGCGGACCGGCGAGCGGCUGUUGUUGGAUCAGGCGCGCUGUGAGCGCCAGCAGCUGCGGCAGUGCUGCGAGGUACUGGGGAACCACGCUGCCAGCCUGCGGCGCCAGGUUCACCGCGAGCAGGCGGAGUGCCAGAUGCUGGAGGAGGCGUUUCACCAGCAACACAGCCACAGUCAACACUGCCUGCAGGCGCUGGAGCACAGGAUGCAGGGUUUGUGGCGAUGGCUGAGUGAAGGGCAGCCGAGGCCGGUGGGAGAGGAGGACAAGGAGGAGGAGGUGACUACGCUGCAGGCUGAUGUGGAGAGCAGGCCAGCCAGCCCGUUGCCCGAAUGCCCCGGUGAGGAUUGCCCUCGGCAAGGAGUGUCCAUGGAGAGGACCCCUCAUUCCACGGAGGGGGAGAGAGGGGAGAGGAGGACGGAGAGACGAGUCCCUAAUAUUGGGAGAGAAGGUCUGCACUUUGUGGCAUGGGCUGCAGACUCGCCCACACCUCGGGAAUCUGCGGCAGAGGAGAGACAGAUUCUGUCAGGUCUCGUGGGGAUGGAUGACCGAGCCCUGGCCAGGGGGAGAUGUCGCUCCGCUCGGCCCCGCGCUGAAGAUGACCGUCCUCAGUCGGACAACUGCAGCCUCUCGGACUGGAGCAGCCCCGGCUCCCACAGCUCCACCGAGUCCGACGUCGGAACCUACAUCCAGUCCAGCGUGAGGUCGCUGCCGCCGGACUCCCUACCAGCCCUGGACACCCCCACAUCGUCCAGUCCACAGUCAAUGUCCCCGACGUCCAGACCGUCGAAUGGCGCAGAGGGACUGACUUCAAGUGCAGGAGCCAUGCAGUUACAGAGGAUCCGCCUGCUGACGGGAAGGAUGAGGCGCCGGAUCGCUCGCUCCAAGUACGGUCUCCGGUUCAUGAGCUACCCCCUCAUCACCACCGACUUCCAGCCCAGGAGAUAGGGCAGGGCUGGGGCGAGGGGGAGGGCGAGGGGGGAGCCUCUUCAUCCCUGGAUCCGCAUCUCAGGCAGGAAGAUACAUAGCAAUCCGCACCCCCCUCCCAUACCCCUACUGUCACUCCAGUUCCUGCUCUAUCCGUAUCCAGCAGAGUUUGACUUUGUGUGAUUUAAAAUUGGUGAUUUGUAAUUUAAGCUUCAAGUUCCCAGGUGUAAAUAUCGCCAACAAUCUGUCCUGGUCCAACCACAUUGAUGCUAUGGUCAAGAAAGCACACCGACAGGUCGACACUACUCCCAACAACUCUUACCAACUUCUACAGAUACACAAGAGAAAGCAUCCUAUCCGGGCGCAUCACAGCUUGGUUUGGCACCAGCUCUGCCUAAAACUGCAAGAAAUUGAAGAGUUGUGGAUAUAGCCCAGUCCAUCAUACAAAGGAGGGAUACUCGUUAAACACCUCCCUCAUUUCCUGCAGUCCGACAUAGAAAUGAUCGCUUUGGUUUCAGAGGGGCCACAUUUUCUCCCUAGUUAUCCUUUUCCCCUCAAUAUAAUUUUUAAUAUUAUCUGGCAGAGCUAUUUCCUGUCCCCUUUUUGCCCUACGGAUUUCCUCCUUAAGUAUGUUCCUCAGUUUGUGAAACUCCUCCAGGAAUACACAUAAGCCCAUUUGCCUAAACCUGUCCCAUCUCUCUUCCUUUCUCCUGACCAAAGCUUAAAUUUCUCUGGUCAUCCAAGUUUCCUUACACCCAUCUGUCUUGCCCUUCACUCUAACAGGACAUGAGUUUCACAAACUGAGGUCAUCACACUUUAAAAAGCAUCCCACUUUCCACACGUUCCUUUGCCUGCAAACCAUCCACUCCAAUUCAACUUGAGCGAGUUCCUGUCUAAUACCAUCAAAGUUGGCCUUGCCCCAAAUCAGAACAGACCCUCCCUGUCUUUAUCAAUAACUAUCUUAAAGCUAAAAGAACAGUGGUCGCUGGUCCCAAAAGGUUCACCCAUGAAUACACCAGUCACUUGUCCUUCCCAAUUUUCUAAGAGCAGUCCAAGCUUUGCUCUCUCCCGCGUAGGGCCCUCUACAUAUUGUCUGAGGAAAUUUUCCUGAACACAUUUGACAAAUUCCACCCCAUCUAAACCUUUCGCACUAGUACAGCCCCACUCUAUACUGUAAAUAUUAAAUCCUCUAUCAUGCCAACCUUAUUAAACCUGCAGCUGCCUAUAAUCUCUUGGCAUAUUUGCUCUUUUAAUUCCCGUUAAAUAUUUGUGGGCCUCUAGUGCUUUCAAUUGUAUGAUUUGACUGGAUAACAUGCAAAGCAUAGUUUUUGAAUGUAUCUCAGUACAUGUAGCAAUAAUAAACCAAUACUAAUAAACUGAGUAAUCGAUUGC